UGACCGCACGCACCGCACGAAUCUCGAGGCGAGCGAUUCGUUUCCACUCGCCCCACUCAGACCGCCCGAGCUCGCCGCCGGGAAACCAAUGGCCGCCGCCACCGUCGCAGCCUCCUCCCGCUUCGGCCCCGCCCACCUGCUUCCCCGCUCCCGCAGGAAGGGGAGGGCCCCCGCGCCGAGCGCGCGCGCCACGGCCUGCGGAGCCGUCGGGCGAGGCCGCCGGCUGCGCUGCGAGUUCGUGGCCGGCGGCGGGAACGGCGCGCUCUCCGGGGAGGACGACCCGCGCCUCAUAGACCGCCAAAAAGCUCUUGAUGCAGCCAUGAAUGACAUAAACAGCUCCUUUGGAAAAGGCAGUGUUACAAGAUUAGGAAGCGCGGGUGGUGCCUUUGUUGAGACAUUUCCAAGUGGCUGCUUGACACUAGAUUUUGCCUUGGGUGGUGGCCUUCCAAAAGGAAGAGUAGUAGAGGUGUAUGGUCCAGAAAGCAGUGGAAAGACUACUCUAGCGCUGCAUGCCAUUGCUGAAGUACAGAAAUUGGGAGGCAAUGCCAUGCUUGUGGAUGCAGAGCAUGCUUUUGAUCCAGCUUAUUCUAAAGCACUUGGGGUAGAUAUUGAAAAUCUGAUUGUAUGCCAGCCAGACAAUGGAGAGAUGGCACUAGAAAUUGCGGACCGCAUGUGCAGAUCUGGAGCUAUCGAUCUCAUCUGUAUUGAUUCAGUGUCAGCUCUCACUCCGCGUGCAGAAAUUGAAGGUGAGAUAGGGAUGCAGCAGAUGGGUUUACAAGCACGUCUAAUGAGUCAAGCAUUGAGAAAGAUGUCAGGCAAUGCCUCAAAGGCUGGUUGUACUCUUAUGUUCUUGAAUCAAAUAAGAUACAAGAUUGGAGUAUUUUAUGGUAAUCCUGAAGUCACUAGUGGAGGGAUAGCUUUGAAAUUCUUCGCAUCAGUUCGACUAGAGAUACGGCCCAUUGGCAAGAUAAAAUCUGCCAAGGGAGAUGAAGAUGUGGGUGUGAAGGUUCGUGUCAGAGUGCAGAAGAGUAAAGUCUCCAGACCCUACAAGCAAGCUGAAUUUGAGAUCAUCUUUGGGGAGGGCGUUAGUAAACUGGGAUGUGUUCUUGAUUGUGCUGAGCUGAUGGAAGUCGUUGCAAAGAAAGGCUCAUGGUAUAGCUACAAAGAAAUGAGAUUGGGUCAAGGCAGAGAAAAAGCACUGCAGUAUCUCCGAGAGAGCCCUACCAUCUGUGAUGAGAUAGAAAAGGCUGUUCGAGCCAUGAUACCAGAAGGAGCAAGACAUAUGAGCCUGCUCGCUUUCGGGCGGUCAUCAUUGACCGAAGAAGAACAAGUAGACGAUGAGUGAUGGAUGCAUCUAAUUUUGAAGAUGAAAGUGCUGAGCAAUUCCAAGCUUUUGGGUCCCCUGGUGAACGGAGAAGACCAAGAGUGGCUCUUUCUUGAACUAAUCAAGCAUUGCAUUGCUGGUAGUGGUAGGGAGUUGGGAUUCCUUAAGAGUUUGAUUUGUGAGCAAUCAUUUGCUGCAACAGCAUUGUGAUGACAUAUGUACCGUUGUUGGUAUGCACUUGGUGUAAGGAAAAGGUCACUGAUUCUCAAUCAAUGAAGCUUCAAUUUCUGUCAA